AUGGAGGAGACGGGCUUUAAGGACGAAGUGGAUGGAGCCACGGCAAGGGACUGCAGUGGGGAUGGCACAGCUGGCCAGGUGAGCAUGGGCAGGGAGACUGGCACACAACUAACCUGUGGCUUUGGCAAUUUGCAGACCCCAGAGGAGGACCUGUCUGGCACAGUGAAGGAGGCAGCCCUUGGAACAGGCAGUGAGAGUGCUCCACCACGCAAGACUCCGCUCAUCUGUUGCGCAGAUGGCCUUGAUAAGGACACCUUUAAAAUUUGCAAGGAGUUUUUGAGACCCUUUAAGUCAUCACUUCGCAAACUGCAUUUGUCCCAGCACCUCCUCAUGAAGAAAAAACUGAAGUACACAAAGAAAAGUUUGACCGUAAUUGGGAACCGCAUCGAUCUGUUUCUCCACGAGUUCUGCAGAGCCUCAGAAGUCGUGCACUGGCAGAAGAUGUUAUGGCAGUUUGUCUCCCUCUUCUCAGAGCUGGAAGCAGAUGAAUUGCAUAAGAUGUAUGAAUACAUCAAGAAAAACCAAAUGGAUAAGUUUCUGCAAUUAUGCUGCCCUUCAGAAAACCCGGAUUCAGUUCCAGGACUCAAAGAAAAGGAACUGAAUCGGCUUUACACCAGAUGGGGUCUCCAGAGAGGACAGAGACACCUGCAGGAACACCCAGGUCAAAGAGAGAGUCACCAUCAACACAACUGCAAAGCCAACCCUCAGCAGCAGAAAUGACAGGUUCCCAGACAACUUCAGAGGAAACGGGAGGACAGGAGCUAGUUAAUACAGCCUCAUUACCUGAAUAAAAAGCAGG